CGGGGUCGUGGUGCUUCCGGCGGGGCAGGGCCAGGGCCGGGGCUGGCAGAGCGGGUGUGCGCGGGUUCUGGUGCGAGGCGGUACUGGCGGUACCGGAAAAAUGAUUUCUGAAGGCAGCUCUUUCAUCAAGGGUGUGGUGCUCGGAGGAGCGUUCUGCAUGUUGGUGACACUACUGGGACACAUUAGGGUGGGCCACGGGACUAAGUCACAUCACCACGAGCACCAUCACAUCCAGGCUCCCAAGAAAGAAGAUGUCUUAAACUUUUCAGAAGCUGAACGCUUGGAACUGAGCAGAAGUAUCCGGGUUUAUUGUAUCAUCCUCGUGAAACCCAAAGACCUGGGGCACUGGGCUGCAGUGAAAGAGACGUGGAGCAAACACUGUGACAAGGCAGAAUUUUACAGCUCUGAAAAAGUCAAAGUGUUUGAUUCUGUAGCCCUCAACACAAACGAUAUGUGGGUGAUGAUGAGAAAAGCUUACAAGAUAACUUAUGAACAGUAUAAAGAUGAAUUCAACUGGUUCUUCCUGGCGUAUCCAACAACGUUUGCCAUCAUUGAAAAUCUCAAGUAUUUCUUACUGCAAAAAGACCCCUCUCAGCCUUUUUAUUUAGGCCACACUGUGAAAUCUGGUGACCUUGAGUAUGUAGUUGGUGAGGGAGGAAUUGUCCUGAGCAUUGAAUCACUCAGACGACUCUCCCGUGUUUUUGAAGACACCGACAAGUGCCCGGAGCAGGGAGGAAUGAUUUGGAAACUUGCAGAGGACAAGCAGCUGGCAAUCUGCCUGAAGUACACGGGAGCAUUUGCUGAAAACGCUGAAGAUUCAGAAGGAAAAGAUGUCUUUAAUACUAAAUCAGUCAAUGCUCUCAUCAAAGAAGCCAUGUCCACUCACCCUCAGGAGGUGGUGGAUGGCUGCUGCUCGGACAUGGCCAUCACCUUCAGCGGGCUGGCCCCCAACCACAUGCACGUCAUGAUGUUUGGUGUUUACAGGCUGAGGCCCUACGGCCACUCCUACAACGAUGCUCUCGUCUUCCUGCCCCCUGAAGGCUCUGACAACGACUGACAGCCCUGCAGGGGGGACCUGGAACCACGGAGUCAGUGCUCUCUGCGUCACACAGUUGCACUGACAGACUGGCUUUUCAUACCUGGUGUUAAUGGUGUACAAUUGAUUUUUUUUAUUAUUAUUUUUUUUUGUUUGGUUUGCACAUUGAGGUUUGCUAAAGGUCUCAUUUUAAAAGUGGAAGGAGAAUUAUUUUCUAAAUCUUUUAUACAGAAAUGCUUCUGGCUUUUGACAGUGCUGGAAUGAAGUGAAAAAGGAGUUGCUAAUGUUUAUGAUAAAGGGAAACAAAGUUUAUAUGGGGGGGUUAUGUGUAAAUAUUUAUUAUUAAUGAAAACCCAAAUGAACUUUAGUCUAUUGUUACAAAUAUAUUUUUGCAAGAUUUUGAUUCUUUCAAUUCCUCCAGGCAUUUCUAGAAUGUCUUUAUAUCUUUCUAAGCACCACCAAUAAAACAGCUUCAAGUUAGCUUCCUUUGCUGUCCAUUUCCUUCACACUGAAUUACAGACCAGCUGGAGCUGUGCUGUUCAUGCAGCAGCUGUUGUGUCA